GCUUGUCGUUGGCUACGGCACCGAGUCCGUCGACGAUGGCACCACGUCGGUCGGCUUCUUCAAGGUCCGAAACGCGUGGGGCGCCAACUGGGGCGAGCACGGCCACAUUCGACUCGAAGGCGGGCUCAACCGCGAGCCCGGCACGCGCAAACUCGCCAUGUACGUGGCCUUCUCGAUGCUGCCGUCGCCAAGAGGCGUCGAUGCAACGCCAAAACAACGGUCCCGCGCACGACCCGCCACGUGCGUGCCGAUCGACGUCGAGAACGCGGCAACUUGA